UUAUUUUUUAUAGAUGUCCCGCGUGUCCAUCCCCGUGGCCCGUGGUCCGUGAAUGUGUGAAGUUGACCCAGAUCCUUGUCAGUGCGCGGUCAAGUUCCAUAUUCAUUAAGUCAUUCAUGAUUUGCUAAUGAAAUUACAAUGAAAUAACUAAUGAAUUGACAACACUGUUUAUCAGCUAUGUACAAUUUGCAGUUAAAUCGCUGCAACUAGAAAUUGUUUUACCGUACAAAAUACGAUACUAGCGCCAUCUAGCGUUGGAUUAUUGGAACUUGAAAGCCACGUCGAUUUCGUCUUCGAUGUGUCGUGGGCCGGUUUGUUUUGGGGCCGUCAAAGUAUUAUAAAUCGAACAAUGAAUAUUUUUCGGCUUGCUGGUGACUUGUCCCAUCUUCUAGCUAUUAUCAUUCUUCUCUUGAAAAUAUGGAAGACCAGGUCUUGUGCUGGUAUCUCGGGCCGAUCUCAGAUCCUGUUUUUGGUGACCUAUGUGGCCCGCUACCUGGACCUGCUGACCAACUUCGUGUCGGUCUACAACACCGCCAUGAAGGUGUUCUUCAUCGCCGCGUCCGCUGCCACCGUCUACCUUAUGCUCUUCAAGUUCAAGGCCACAUACGAUCACAACCAUGAUACGCUGAGGGUGGAGUUCCUGAUCGCGCCGUGUGCUCUGCUGGCUCUGGUAGUAAACCACGACUUCACACCGCUGGAGAUCCUGUGGACGUUCAGCAUCUACCUGGAGUCGGUGGCCAUCCUGCCGCAGCUGUUCAUGGUCUCCAAGACGGGCGAAGCAGAGACCAUCACCAGCCACUACCUGUUCGCGCUCGGCUCCUACCGCGCUCUCUACAUUCUCAACUGGAUCUACCGCUACUACUUUGACAACUUCUUCGACCUGAUCGCCAUCGUGGCCGGCGUGGUGCAGACGGUGCUCUACUGCGACUUUUUCUAUCUCUACAUCACCAAAGUUCUGAAGGGCAAGAAGAUCGUGUUACCUGCUUGAGUUCGCCGAGAUGCUAAAUAAAGGGCGCUGCUGCAGCCCACAUGACGUCAUUGGCGUGUGCGAUCGGCGCGUGACGUCACCGGUGUGCGCGGCCGGCGUAUGACGUCAUUGGCGACGGCCGGUCACAGAGUGAAGCUAGUGACCGACUCCGGUCGGCGAGCGGGCCAUCUCGGCAGAUCGCCGGUGUUCUGCGGCCGGGCGAGUGGCGCGCGCCUGAGCUUGUGUGAGACGCCGCUGCUGUCGCCGUUCUCUGAACCCCUCCCCACACUCCGCUGUCGGCAUUAAACCCGGCCCGGCCGGCAGAGCGGAGCCGUGAGCGUCGUUUGUUUGUGUGUAUUUAACUGGUCGACGGGCGCUGACUCGCCGUGGCCGGCACGGUUUUAUGGUGAGCGGCUGGACGGCGGUACCGUGCACUAUCCGCCGCCGCGCUCCGCCGCCUGCGUUAUUCCACAGUUGCGUUACUAAGAAGGCUUUGACUGAGGGUGCGUCGAACUGACUGGAGAGAGAACAUUCGGUGUGAGGAAGAUUCUUAUUAAAAAACGGGGUUAAAGUGA